AUGUCUAUUUGGAAGGAAGCUAAAGAUGCAAGUGGAAGGAUAUAUUAUUACAAUACUUUGACAAAGAAAUCUACGUGGGAGAAGCCCAAGGAACUAAUUUCUCAGGAGGAGCUACUUCUUCGAGAAAAUGGCUGGAAGGCGGCCAAGACGGCAGACGGCAAAGUAUACUAUUAUAAUCCAACAACAAGAGAAACCAGCUGGACUAUUCCGGCCUUCGAGAAGAAAGUAGAACCCAUCGCAGAACAAAAACAUGAUACAGUAUCCCAUGCACAGGUUAAUGGAAAUAGAAUAGCCCUUACGGCUGGAGAAAAACAAGAGCCGGGACGAACUAUAAACGAGGAGGAAAGCCAAUAUGCUAAUAACUCUAAACUGCUUAAUGUCAGGAGAAGGACUAAAGAAGAAGCAGAGAAGGAAUUUAUUACCAUGCUGAAGGAAAAUCAAGUAGACUCUACUUGGUCAUUCAGUAGAAUUAUUUCAGAACUGGGGACCAGAGAUCCAAGGUAUUGGAUGGUCGAUGAUGACCCCUUAUGGAAGAAAGAAAUGUUUGAGAAAUAUCUUUCCAAUAGAUCAGCCGAUCAACUUCUUAAGGAACACAAUGAAACAAGCAAAUUCAAAGAAGCCUUUCAGAAAAUGUUGCAAAACAAUUCUCAUAUAAAAUAUUACACCCGUUGGCCUACCGCAAAGAGACUAAUUGCCGACGAACCAAUAUACAAACACUCCGUGGUCAAUGAAAAGACAAAGAGACAGACCUUUCAAGAUUAUAUAGAUACCCUCAUCGACACUCAGAAAGAAUCAAAAAAAAAAUUGAAAACACAGGCCCUAAAAGAACUAAGAGAGUAUUUAAACGGUAUUAUAACAACAUCAUCCUCUGAAACUUUCAUAACCUGGCAGCAGCUUUUAAAUCACUAUGUUUUUGAUAAGAGUAAGAGAUAUAUGGCGAACCGGCACUUCAAAGUCUUAACCCACGAAGAUGUUUUAAACGAGUAUCUGAAAAUAGUAAAUACGAUUGAAAACGAUCUUCAAAACAAACUAAAUGAGCUCCGACUGCGCAAUUAUACCAGAGACCGUAUUGCUAGAGAUAACUUUAAAAGCUUAUUAAGAGAAGUGCCAAUCAAAAUCAAAGCAAAUACUAGAUGGUCAGAUAUUUAUCCUCAUAUAAAGUCUGAUCCGCGCUUUUUACAUAUGCUUGGAAGGAAUGGCUCGUCCUGCCUUGAUUUAUUUUUAGAUUUUGUUGAUGAACAAAGGAUGUACAUCUUUGCACAAAGAUCAAUAGCCCAACAGACGUUGAUAGAUCAAAAUUUUGAAUGGAAUGAUGCCGAUAGCGACGAGAUCACCAAGCAAAACAUAGAAAAAGUUCUGGAAAAUGACCGGAAAUUUGACAAGGUGGAUAAAGAAGACAUCAGUUUGAUUGUUGAUGGUUUGAUAAAGCAAAGAAACGAAAAGAUACAACAGAAACUCCAAAAUGAGCGUAGGAUAUUGGAGCAAAAGAAGCACUAUUUUUGGUUACUUUUGCAAAGGACAUAUACAAAAACCGGUAAGCCCAAGCCUAGUACGUGGGAUUUAGCUUCCAAAGAGCUUGGCGAAUCUCUUGAAUACAAGGCACUAGGCGAUGAAGAUAACAUAAGAAGACAAAUUUUCGAGGAUUUUAAGCCUGAAAGCUCUGCACCGACUGCCGAAAGCGCUACUGCAAACUUAACGUUGACCGCGUCAAAAAAGAGGCAUUUAACUCCGGCUGUGGAAUUGGACUAUUGA